GUCUGAGCGAUCAGGCUAUGCUGUGGACAGCCUGUGAGAAGGCCGGGAAGAUGGCAGCCUCCUGGAGGCUAGGCUGUGACCCGCGGGUGCUGCGCUACCUUCCAGGCUUCGGUGGCUGCCGCAGCCGGGGGCUGACUAAGGGGGCUGCUGGGUGGUCUGUCGGCCUCGGCGCUAGUCGAAGAUGGUUUCAUAGCACACAGUGGCUGCAGGCUGAUCCUGUUAAAAUACUUAUGCCAUCACUAUCUCCUACAAUGGAAGAAGGGAACAUUGUGAAAUGGCUGAAAAAAGAAGGUGAAGCUGUGAGUGCUGGAGAUGCCUUAUGUGAAAUAGAGACUGACAAAGCUGUGGUUACCUUAGAUGCAAGUGAUGAUGGCAUCUUGGCCAAAAUAGUGGUUGAAGAAGGAUCUAAAAAUAUACGGCUGGGCUCCCUAAUUGGUUUGCUAGUUGAAGAAGGAGAAGAUUGGAAACAUGUUGAAAUUCCCAAAGACAUAGGUCCCUCAUUACCAGCUUCAAAACCACCAGUGCCUUCACCCUCACCAGAACCACAGAUUUCUGCCUCUGUCAAAAAGAAAUACAUACCCGGGAAACCACAGUUCCGUUUAAGUCCAGCUGCCCGUAAUAUUCUGGAAAAACACACACUGGAUGCUAGCCAGGGCACAGCCACUGGCCCUCGGGGGAUAUUCACUAAGGAGGAUGCUCUCAAACUGGUCCAUUUGAAACAGAUGGGCAAGAUCCCUGAAUCCAUACCUGCCCCAGCGCCUCCAGCGAUUCCCAUAGAGCCUUUGCCUCCUCGGGCCAUAACCAAGCCAUCUUACCCAAGGCCAAUGUUCCCGCCACUGUCAACUCCUGGACAACCUAAUGUGGGCACAUUCACAGAAAUUCCUCCUAGCAAUAUUCGAAGAGUUAUUGCCAAGAGGUUGACUGAGUCUAAAAGUACUGUACCUCAUGCAUAUGCUACUGCUGACUGUGACCUUGGAGCUGUUUUAAAAGUUAGACAAAAUCUGGUCAGAGAUAAAAUUAAAGUGUCUGUAAAUGAUUUUAUCAUCAAGGCAGCAGCUGUUACUCUUAAACAAAUGCCAAAUGUUAAUGUAAGCUGGGAUGGAGACGGCCCCAAACAACUGCCAUUUAUUGAUAUUUCAGUGGCUGUGGCAACAGAUAAAGGUUUAAUUACACCAAUCAUAAAAGAUGCUGCUGCUAAGGGUAUACAGGAAAUUGCUAACUCUGUAAAGACUCUAUCAAAGAAAGCAAGAGAUGGAAAAUUGUUACCUGAAGAAUACCAAGGAGGAUCUUUUAGUAUUUCCAAUUUGGGGAUGUUUGGCAUCGAUGAAUUUACUGCAGUGAUCAACCCUCCUCAGGCCUGCAUUUUGGCUGUUGGGAGAUCCCGGCCUGUGCUGAAGCUCACCCAGGAUGAAGAGGGGAAUGCCAGACUGCAGCAGUGCCAGCUCUUAACAGUCACCAUGUCAAGUGACAGCCGAGUGGUAGAUGAUGCACUAGCUACCAGGUUUCUUGAAAGUUUUAAAGCAAACCUGGAGAAUCCCAUCCGACUUGCCUAAUCCUCAGAAUUAAGAAGUUGGUCUUUGGCAUAGUUAACUGUAGAGUUGUUACCAGAAAUGUAUAUUAUAGGAAAACAAUUAGGUAUGUAAGUGUUUAUUUAUUUAAGGUAAAUGAGUUUGACCCUAGUUGUCAUCAUUUUCAAUUUGGGUUUAAUGUUACGGAGAUAAAUAAUAACAAACUGUAACUAAUGAAAGAGAAUAUUUGGUUACACUCAUUUUUAACCUCUGGUGCUGUCAAAGGAGUGUUAAAUUAGCUGUAAAUUAAAUUAUGUUUGUCUUAUUUGAGCAUUUUAGAAUAUUUCAGAAUGUAUGAUAAAUUGUAAGAUCAAAAAUUGUUAGAGCUCUUCUUUGUAUUGAAAUUAGAAAUGAUCUUCAAAGGUAAGCCCAUUAAUUUAGCAGUGGGACCUCACUUUUACAAGCACUGCUCUACAUAAACUUGAAUAUUUAAUAUGUACAGAUGUUUAUUCUGGAUAAUGGUAAAUAAAUAAGGAUCUCAUUGUAUUAGGGGUUGUGGCAACAUUAUUGAAUUUUUUAUGUAUAUAAAGCCAUGUGUUUUAGAGUGGUUUCUAUUAGUCUUAUCUUUCACCUCUAUGACACUGUGAACUUCUGAAGAAUAAAAUAAUCAGAAAUGAGAGAGAGAGACCAAAAUAUUUGUUUAUUUCAAUAAUAAACUAUAGUUAAAAUAUCUCAGCCUUCAGAGAUAAACUCACCUUCAUACUGAGUUGGAAUAUAUUAAAAUAAAUUAUGCUAUUUCCUACUAAACAUUUGAAGUUAGUGUUAAUUUAAACACACAAUGUUUCUUAGUGCACUUUAAAAUCAAGUUUGUAUCGCGCAAUAAAAUGUGAGAAAAUAGAAACAUAUUUGUUGUAUUUUAGUUAGCACAUAGAAGUUUAGUAAAACCUUGAAGUAAAUUAAUAAUUUCCCUUGAACAGUUUAAGAGGGACUUUGCAGGAGGAAAGAUGGAAUUUAAAAUUAAUAUGACAUUAGAAAAAUAACAUGUGGAAUAUAAAACUUUGGGAAGAGAUUAGAAGACAAGGCUUAUGAAUGAAGCAAGUGAGAACUGUCCUUUAUUCUAUUGAUAGUAUAAAAUUUUCACUAUUGUAAUGAUUGUAAGAGCUUAUUUCCCUCUUCUAACAACUUUCAUACAACUGGCAAGGCAACAGUACUGAAACUGGGUGGUAAUUUAAUUAACCUGACAGCAAGACUCAUGUUCACAUCUGCUGACAUAAAUUACCCGAAGAAAGACCCUGUGAUACCAGUUGUACAGUAUGACAUGACAAACUGCUUAUAUUCCAACAAAAGAGCUUUCUAAAAUAAUUAAAGCCCCAGCAUAUCAGUUGUUAAGAAAAUGCUUAAUCCAAUUACUUAGUGUUAACAAGUCGUUAUUUAAAGAUAGUCUUCAAAACUUUUAUGGUGAAUAUUGUGAUGUUAUUUCCAAAAUGACUUUUAUGCUACAUUAUUUCCAGUAGGUUUUAACUGAAAUUUUUUUUUUCCUAAUUUUAUGUGUGAGGAAUAGAGAGCAUAAGACAGCUGUAAAUAAGCCUCAGCUUGGAGUUCCGUUUUCCAUGGACUGAUGUACAUAAACCAUAGUGCCUCUGUUUCCCUGUAGGUGAGAUGGGCAUUGAUAACCCACCUAGCUUGCCCUACGGAGUUACGAACUACACAGGAGAAACACUAUAUAAAUGUAAGACAUUUUAAUUCUUCAUGGACAUCACAACCAGGCUUUUCAUUUAAUCAGUUGCUUCUCAUGGUUUGACUUCUCAUAAAAUUGACUUCUCUCUCAGCUGUUGUUAAAAAUGCUUGUUCAUUCUGACUAAAAGUAUCUUCUCUGCUAUUUCUAUACUGAUCAGGUUUAUGUAAGAAAAUGGUCAUUUGUAAAAAUUCCAUUGCCAUGUGAGGUCAAAGAGUAACACUAAUUUGAGAAGGGAGUAUGGUAAACUUGGUUUGGGUCCUUACAGAGUACUAACUGUGUUGCAUGAGCAGGCUUUCUUCCACAUUAUAUUUAGUUAUUUGUAGAAUUGAUAGGUAUCACACAGAGAUGAUGUAAAAAUGGAAUUAUAUACUGGGUCAUCUUUUUUCUCACUUAAACAGGGAAAAUAACUAAAAUAUUGGGAAUACUUAUAAGGAAAAGGUAACAUGCAUUUCAAUUAACACUUGAGUAUGAAAAGUAUCAGUGAAUAUUAAAAUUUAUAAGUCAACUGAUCCUGUUUCUCCCUGGUUGCAAUUUCCAGUUGACAUUUACAGACACAGUUUGUUAACUUUUUUAUGGCAUCAGCAUGCCUUUGGCUGGACUCCUUUGUUUGAAAAAUUAUUAAUAUAUAUAGGAAGGAAAAAGGAAAAGUUUUUGCCUUAGUGAAAACAUGAGUUGAUUGUAUCUGCACUAAGUCAGGUGGCUUUAACGAAGGGAGGAAAUGAAGACUGUUGUACCUGUUAGUUUGCUGUGGCAUAUUAUGAAUCUAUUUACUGGGUGUGAAAUGGAACUUUUUAGAUGUUUUUUUUCCUUUUUGCAUUUUGUAUUUAACUUCACACUAAAUUGUAUAGGCCAACUAUUUGGGCAUUAUGCUAAAAGUAAACCUGGUAUCCUAACCUGUUAUUGAAAGAUAGGUGGUGCUAUAAGUUAAUAUAUUGUAGUUAUAGUGUGUGAGAAAAAUUAAAUGACAUUUAAAUCUUAGUUUUCACAGAAAAUUUGUCCUCAUUACACAUUGCAUCGUGAUGAACUGUGUCUCAAAGUGAAAGAACCAAGUGUGUUGCAAGUAAGAAUUAACCAUUAAUUUUAAAUAUGACCUUGCUUGUUAAUGGGAAACUUUGUUAAUAUUUGAAGAAGGAAGUAACGAUGCAGAAUUAGUUUGGCCAGAGGAUGCAAGGUGGGUCAAAACAAGGAGAAGACAGCAGUUAGCAGGAACCAUCUGGAAGCUUUUGCAGUAGUGAAAACAUGAGUUAAUUGUAUCUGCACUAAGUCAGGUGGCUUUAACGAAGGGAGGAAAUGAAGUCUAUUGUACCUGUUAGUUUGCUGUGGCAUAUUAUGAAUCUAUUCACUGGGUGUGUGCUUGUAGGUAAUGCAACAAUAAUGAUGUAACGCCAGUCAAAAACGCAAUCCCCCAUGGCCCACAGCAGUGUCCAAAAGGCAAAGUGUCUGAUAAAUUAUGUACAGCAAAUGGUAUAUUUCAGAAGACAAGUGAGAACUGUCCCUUAUUCUAUACUGGUUGUAUAACCUUUUUAUAAAUGUAAAAAAAAAUAGUCUUCCAAUAAAAAUUUUAAAUAGU